AUGCAAAAUGUAAAGUUGGUAAAACCAAUGGUUGUUGGGACUUAUGCAUUUUUGCUUUCUCAGCAGGAAAAAAGGAAAUAUGGAAAUAUGACACAUAAAUGGACUUGCUUAUUAAGAUGCCCUAAUUCAUCUGACCUUUCUUUAUUUGUAACUAAAGUGGUUUUUGAAUUAGACCCUUCUUUCAUUUACCCCAAGAGAGUUUACACACAACCCCCUUACGAGGUAAAUGAAAUUGGAUGGGGUGAAUUUUACCUGACCGUGAAAGUUUAUUUUGAUGACACUUCUUUGUCUCCUAUUAGUAUUACUCAUUUUGUUAAGCUAAAUACCGAUUCCGAGAAUGAACACCCCCCUUGUGUCGUUAACGAGACAUAUGAAGAAAUUAUUUUUAGAAAUCCCACUAUUCGAUUGUACAACAAAAUUGUCCAAAGCAAUAGCACAAAAACAGCUCCCCAUAAAUUUCAGGAACAUUUUUUGAAAUACGACUUUAAAGAGGAUAAUUACACAAAAAAAUAUCUCCAAUUUCAGUCGAAGGUGCAAGAGGAGAUUUGUGAUUUAAUGUCCGAAGCAACUAUGCUAUCGAAAGAGAUUAACGAAACCCAACAAAAAUAUUUUUCAAUGAAAGCAGAAAUCGGCGUUAGUAGUGAUGAAAAUUAG